UACUACAAUUUUAGGUUGUCGGUGAUAUUAAUUUGAGGAUGUUAUUGUUUUGGGUGUUUUUGAUUUUGACGGUGACGGUGACGGUGACGGUGGCUGAGGUGGCGUUACCGUUAGAAAGGGUAUUUCGGACAAGUGAAUUAAGUCAACUUAAAGUGUUUGACCGAAUUAGACAUGGAAGAAUGUUGCAACAAUUACCUAAUGGAGUUGUUGAUUUUUCAGUUGAAGGCACUUAUGAUCCAUUUCUUGUUGGGCUUUACUUUACAAGAGUUCAGUUGGGUUCCCCUCCAAAGGAAUUCUAUGUACAGAUAGAUACUGGAAGUGAUGUGUUGUGGGUUAGUUGUGCUAACUGUAAUGGUUGCCCGACAUCUAGUGGACUUCAGCAGAUUGAGUUAGACUUCUUUGAUCCAUCAAGUUCUUCAACAGCUCGACCGAUCUCAUGUUCAGACCAAAGAUGUGCUCUUGGAGAACAAUCUUCCGACUCUGGGUGUUCUACUCAAAAUCAGUGCGGUUAUACGUUCCAAUAUGGUGAUGGCAGUGGGACAUCAGGUUUUUAUGUAGCAGAUUUAAUGCAUUUUGAUACGAUCGUGGGGAAUUCUUUGACGACAAACUCGUCUGCUCCUGUUGUUUUCGGCUGUAGCACAACACAGACUGGUGACCUGACUAAGCCUGACAGAGCAAUUGAUGGGAUCUUUGGAUUUGGGCAGCAGGGAUUGUCGGUCAUCGCACAACUUUCGUCCCAAGGAGUGACCCCAAAUGUGUUUUCACAUUGCUUGAAAGGAAGUAAUGGCGGAGGUGGUAUCUUGGUGCUAGGUCAGAUUGUGGAGCCAAAUUUAGUUUACACUCCACUUGUCCCAUCACAGCCACAUUACAACGUAAAUCUUCAAAGUAUUGCUCUCAAUGGGCAGACCUUGGCUAUUAGUCCACAAGUAUUUCAAACAUCAAGCAACAGGGGAACCAUAGUUGAUUCUGGAACCACUCUGGCAUAUCUUGCUGAAGAAGCUUAUGAUCCUUUUGUUAAUGCUAUAAGUCAGGCCGUUUCACAGAAUGUGCGCCCUCUUGUUAACAAGAAUAACCAGUGCUAUCUAAGCACCUCCAGCAUUGGUGAUAUAUUUCCCACAGUGAGUUUGAACUUUGACGGUGGAGCAACAAUGGUAUUAAGGCCUGAGGACUACCUUAUACAGCAAAACUCCAUUGGUGGUGCCGCUGUCUGGUGUAUGGGCUUUCAGAAAAUUUCGGGCCAAGGAUUGACAAUUUUAGGAGACCUUGUUCUAAAAGACAAGAUCAUUGUUUACGAUUUGGCUGGACAACGGAUUGGAUGGGCUAAUUACGAUUGUUCGCAGUCUGUUAAUGUUUCGGCUACCACAAGCAGAGGGAAAACCGAGUAUGUAAAUGCAGGACAGUUCGGUAACAACAGCUCACCACGUAAUGACCCUUGCACGCUGUUAUUAAGCGUCGUUCUAACUUUUAUGUUGCAAGCAUUAGUGUUUGGCACUUACUCGUUCUUGUAACAUAUUAGAUAUGGUGGACAACUGCUAAAUUCUUUCUCAUUUUUGUAUAGCUCACUGUCCUAUAGUUAUUUAUUUACCGUGGUCGAUAAAAAUUUAGAUCUGGAUUGCAGUUUUUAGGUGUUUUCUUUAAUAGUAGUAGCCUUAGCUUUGGGUCUUUGUUCAAGCUAUUUUCUAAUUCCACUUAUAGUUAAAUUUCUUGUAAAGUAGAUUUAUACACGUGUAUUACAAUAUUAUCCAUAGAGAAUUACAUUUGAUUUUGAAUGACAAUUUUGUUAAAUACUGCCCAAUUCUAAGUUGUCUUCAGCCAACAGUGUUUUGCUGAUGUCAAAGUAUUUGUAUUGUAUUGUGGUG